CGGCGUUGCGGCGCUGUCACUGCGGGGCGCACGGACCCGCGCAUGGUCAGUCCCUGGCCGGGGCGGACGCGCGGCUGCGGGGCUCCAGCGCCUCCCGUAGAUGAGGCGCUCUGGGAGGGCAGGGGCCUGUCCCACCUGCUCUGGGCCCUGCUCCAGCCCCGGCCUGCGCUGAAUCGAGGACGGCCUGCUCUCUGCGUCUCCACCCCCACUCUGCCCUCUCGCCUCCAGCCAUGGCGCCCCUGCUCGCCCUGUUGCUGGUGGCCCUGGUGGGCCUGCCUGUGGCCCAGGCUCUGGAGUGCCAUGUGUGUGCCUACGAAGGAGAGAACUGCUUCAACCCCAUGCCCUGCCCGGCCAUGGUCGCCUACUGCAUGACCACGCGCACUUACUACACUCAGACCAAGAUGAAGGUGAGCAAGUCCUGCGUGCCCAGAUGCUUCGAGACCGUGUACGACGGCUACUCCAAGCACGCAUCCACCACGUCCUGCUGCCAGUACGACCUCUGCAACGGCGCUGGCCUCACGGCGCCCGCGACCCUGGCCCUGGCCCUCCUACUCCUGGCCACCCUCUGGGGUCUCCUCUAAAGCCCUGUCCCACCUCCGCGGACUGUCCAGGACAAAGCUCUGAGCAGCACGGACCCCACCCUCUGCCCUCCCAGACCCCCCAGCCACACCCAGGACUGUCUGCAAGAGAACCCGACCUCCCCUGGCCACCCUGGGGUCAGCUUCCAGGUCACGACCUGUUACUUCCAAAAGGCUCUUGUGGGACCACGCCUCCUGAGGCAUCGGUCCACGGAUGGGGUGCAGGCAGAGUGUGCUGUCGGGGAGGCUUCGGUCGGCCCAGACCACUGAUUCGAAGGCGCCCUCUGCCGCGUCUGCCCUGAAGCUGUGCUGGAGGGGGAGGCGAGAUGAGGGACCCAGGGGUGGCGGACAGUGGUAGGACGAAGGCUCUCCAGGGCCCCAAAGGGGCUGUCUCUGUGUCCCUGACGGAGGCCGGAGCUGCCCAGGGCAGGUGUGGCAUGGGGGCUGAGCCACGAAGGCCUGUGUCCCCGUCGGCUGUCCCGGGGAGCGUGCCAGCCUCUGUCCAGUGGCCUGUGGCCGGGGAGGGCGUAGGUCCGCCUAAAGAGGCCUUCCAGCCCCAGGAGUGGAUUCUGGGUCCAGCGCGGGGGUCUGUCCCUUCUUACUCAGCCAGACCCUUGACCUUCCCCCUCCCCACCCAGCACUGGGCGGCCGCAGGCCAGGCCAGGCUAUAUUUGGUCAAGCCUGAGAGCUGAGCCCAGGGCUAUUUUGGGCCAGGAAAGAAGGGAGCAGUGUGGCGGCUGCGGAGGCCUGGCCUUUAGUCCCAUAGCAGGUCCUGGCAGAGUACGAGCCUUUACGGGGGUGGGGGGGAACCACCUCAGGGGCGCCAGAGAGGAUUCUGCCAGAGAGGAUUCUUCCCCUCCUCCCACAAGUCGGACAGUCCCCCCAGGUGGGGACGGAGGGCGCAUCCUCGAACUGGAGCGGGGCGCCCUCUCGUGGCUGCCUGGGGUGGCGCUGGGCAGGGGCAGGCUGGGCCUGGGGGACAGAGCAGGAGGGGGCGGCCGGGAGGGGGGAGUGGAUCCGGACGGAAGGGAAGGGGAUCGGGGUCAAGAAAGGGGGGGGUGCGCACCCCUCGCCCCCUCCUGAGGAGUGACCACUGUCCCGCCGCCUGCAGCAGGCCCCUGUGCUCUGGCCUGCGGGCCCCGCCGGCAUCCUGAACAAGCGGUGGUGCACCGGCCUUGGCCUCCAGGUCUGCCCCAUCCGGAGGGUUGCCAAGGGCCCUGCAAGCUCCACCUCAGGGAGGGGCUCUCAGGAGCCCCCAUGCCAGCUGGGCAUUGGGAUCCCCAGGGACCCAGGCAUGGGCGUUAUUUAAGGGGCACCCACCCCUGGCGAGGCUGGGGAGGCACAGGUGUGUCCAGGGAGCCCGACCCUCCUUCUUGUGAGACCGGAUACGACACGCAGCCACUUUUCCGGGGUCACGCAGCACCAGAGGCCUCCUCACCUGACCACUGCCCCCAGUUCCAGUGUUCACAGAGGAGCCCAAGUGGGCGCAACGGCGGCAGGUGCCCAUGUGGGGGGUGGUUCUAGAACUUAGAAGCCCUGGGCCCCGAAGGGUGGCCCCUGUCAGGGGGACCUGUGCUGGAAGUUCCCUCCUGAGAGCUUCCCCCAGGACUGUCAGACCCCCAGGGAUGGGGACGCUCUGGCAGCCCGGGUCGGGGUCCUUAGGGGCUGGCAGCGUGCUCAGCCCAGACAGCAGGCCUGGUGUCCCGUCCCCCUGAGGCCGGCCAGGUGUGAGCCCCUCCUCAGGGGAAGCUGGGAGGAAGCCAGACCCCACCCCUGGCCCUCAGGAGCGAGUCCCCUUGGAGCUGGCUGCAGGGCCAGUGCAGAUGCAGGUGCCAGCGGGAGGGCGGGCAGCCUGCCCUCCUGACUCAGUGGGCGGGGCCUGGGAAGCGGUCACCACCCUGCUUGUGCAAGCACUCCGUCCUGGUCGUCCGUCCCUCCCUCUGGUCCCAGUGGGCGAUGGCGCUGAGCCCUGCCUGGCCACCUGUGGGCUGUGGGGUCACUAAGAGCAGGGAUCCAGCGGGAGCUGCAGGUGCACAGUGUUGGGCGGGGUGCUUCUCACACCUGCCUCCUGCAUCUGUCCAUCCAUCCUACACCCUGACCUGGUCCCCCCCAGCGCCGGGGACCAUGCUGCCCACCCCACCCCCCUAGAGCAGGUUCUGCCAGGCCAGGCUGUCCCUGAGUCCCGCGCAGAGCACACGAAGGUGCUUGGCUCAGGCCGGGCCAGGCCUCCCAGUGGGAGAUGCGCUGCACUGUCAGGGGACUCGGCUGCAGCGCCCCUGGCAAUCAGAGUCAGUUUGUACCUACUGUCUGUCAGUGCGGGUCCCCCUACGACAGCCCUGCAAGGUAGGAGCUGUCAUCAAGCCCCUUUCACAGAUGAGGAAACAGAGGCACAGAGGGGGCGGGGUAGCCCAAGGUGGGCUGGACUCCUUGUCCGCUGCCCCGCUGGGCAGUCCCUUCUCCCGUCAGCUACGGGAGGGAGGGGAGGCUGGGUUGAUAAGUUUAAGAGAACUUUAGCAUAUGUUAAAUAUAAUACCUUAGGGUCAGAAAAGCUCAGGAGGGUUGGGAAGCCAUGAAGGCCAGACUCAGGGUGUCCAGCCAACUGCCAGGCCGGGGGUGGCAUAGCAGAGAGGGGACAGAGGGGCGCCAGGUGCCCCAUCUGCAUCAGGACCAAGGAUCGUGGUAGGGAGGAGCCCAGGUUCCUCCCGGGAGCCGGCCUCUGUGUCUCGGGAGUGGCGGCUCGACCCUGACGGCCCUUCCUGUGGAGCCUUGUAUUCUGCGUUGGCCUGGAAUCAGCCAAGAGGCUGACACCACAGCAUCAAGCUGGGGUCAGGGGCGGGUCUGGCCCGUCACGGGGAAGGUGUGGUGCCCCGGCUGCUGGUGCCCUGGUGCCACAGGGCGGGGAGGGGCACAGCCCCGCCCACCUCCCUUUGCCGCGCGCGCGCGCGUCCGAAUGGGUGGUGAUGAGUAUGUAUUUUCUUCCUGAUUCUAAACUUCAGAAAAAGUGAAAAGCAA